AUGCUCGAAGUCCUGGUGCUGAAGAUUGAAGAUCCAGGUUGCUUCUGGGUUAUUAUAAAAGGAUGUAGUCCCUUUUUAGAUCAUGAAGUAGACUACCAAAAACUAAAUACUGCCAUGAAUGACUUUUAUAACAGCAUGUGUCAAGAUAUAGAAAUAAAGCCAUUAAUAUUGGAAGAAGGGCAGGUUUGUGUGGUUUAUUGUCAGGAACUAAAGUGCUGGUGCAGGGCUGUUAUUAAGUCAAUCAUAUCUUCAGCAGACCAUUACCUGGCAGAGUGUUUCCUUGUGGAUUUUGCCAAAUACAUUCCAGUAAAAUCUAAAAACAUCCGGGUUGCAGUAGAAUCUUUUAUGCAGCUUCCCUAUAGAGCAAAAAAAUUCAGACUGUAUUGCACAAAACCUGUUACAUUACACAUUGACUUCUGUGAAGACAAUGCUGAAAUUGUCCCUGCCAAAAAGUGGGAUAGUGCAGCAAUCCAGUACUUUCAGAACAUUCUAAAAGCAACUACCCAGGUGGAAGCCAAAUUAUGUGCUGUGGAAGAAGAUACUUUUGAGGUCUACCUUUAUGUAACAAUAAAAAAUGAAAAAGUUUGUGUGAACGAUGAUCUGGUUGCAAAGAACUUCGCUUGCUAUGUAUCUCCCACAGAGAAGAAAAACCUUGAUGCUUUAGAGAAGCCAAGGUUGGAUAUAAAGUCAGCUUCUUUCUCCAGUAAACUCAAUCCAGCCCUUACUCUUUGGCCAAUGCUAUUGCAAGGAAAAGAUUUUCAAGGAAUGAAAAAUAGAACUGAAAAAUAUAAUAGGGAUUCUAUGAGAGACUCACCUAAAAAGAAAUCCGAAAAGAAGCAGCAGUGCAUCUCUUUAAAAGAUGUAAAUAAGUGUGUGGAAUCUUCAGCAUGCUGGCCAACGAAAAGAGGCAUAACCAUAUAUGCUGAUCCAGAUAUCCCAACAGCAAGUUCUUUAAGUCAGAAGCCAAAUGAGAAACCACUUAGAUUGGCUGAGAAGAAAGAAUAUGAUGAGAAGAAUGGCUGUGUGAAAUUACUGCAGUUUUUAAAUCCUGAUCCUUUGAGAGCUGAUGGAAUCUCUGAUCUGCAGCAGUUGCAGAAGUUGAAGUCAGGCAUGCAGCAGCCUGUCAUGGUGCUCCGGAACAGGAUUGAUCCCUGCCUGACCAUCGACACGUCACCACUGUCUGCAGACCUGAAAAAGGCUCUUCAAAGAAAUAAGUUCCCGGGACCCAGUCACACUGAAUCUUACUCUUGGCCUCCCAUAGCACGUGGCUGUGAUGUGGUUGUCAUUUCUCACUGUGGAAAUGACCCUUUGUUGUACCUCCCACCGUUGCUUACAAUUUUGCAAACUGGGGGCUGCUACAAGUCAUUACCAAGUAGAAACGGACCUCUUGCAGUCAUCGUGUGCCCAGGAUGGAAAAAGGCCCAAUUUAUUUUUGAAUUACUGGGCGACUAUAGCAUGUCUUCCAGGCCUCUUCAUCCUGUGUUAUUAACAAUUGGACUUCACAAAGAUGAAGCCAAAAACAUGAAGCUUCCAAGGGGGUGCGAUGUGAUUGUCACAACACCACAUAGCCUCCUGAGACUUCUCACAUACCAAAGCUUGUUAUUUCUUAGACUUUGUCAUCUAGUGUUGGAUGAGGUGGAAGUGUUAUUCCUUGAAGCUAAUGAGCAGAUGUUUGCUAUAUUAGAUAACUUUAAAAAAAAUGUUGAAGUUGAAGAAAGGGAAUCUGCACCACAUCAGAUCAUUGCGGUUGGCAUUCAUUGGAGCAGACAUAUAGAACAUCUAAUCAGAGAGUUCAUGAAUGAUCCCUACAUUGUGAUUACAGCCCCAGAGGAGGCUGCUCUCUAUGGCAACGUCCAACAGGUCGUGCAUCUUUGCCUAGAAUGUGAAAAAACCUCAACUUUACUCCAAGUUCUUGAUUUCACUCCAAGUCAGGCACAAAAGACCUUGAUCUUUACUUGCUCUGUAGCUGAAACAGAAAUAGUGUGUAAGGUAGUAGAAAGCAAUUCAAUAUUUUGCUUGAAAAUGCAUAAAGAAAUGGUUUUUAACUUAAAAAGUGUUUUAGAACAUUGGAAGAAGAAAUUAAGUUCUGGCUCCCAUAUUGUAUUAGCCUUAACUGACGAUUGCAUACCACUCUUGGCCAUCACUGAUGCCACGUGUGUAAUUCACUUCAGCUUCCCUUCCUCACCAAAGAUAUUUGGUGGACGCCUAUACUGCAUGUCAGAUCAUUUUCAGAGUUUAACUGAACAGGGUUCUCCUGCAGAGCAGGGAGAUAAGAAAACCAAAUCUGUCCUAUUGCUAACGGAGAGAAAUGCGAGCCAUGCAGUUGGUGUUCUGCGCUACUUGGAGAGAGCAGAUGCCAAAAUCCCAUCAGAGCUGUAUGAGUUCACCGCAGGGGUCCUAGAAGCCAAAGAAGACAAAAAAGCCAGAAGACCUCUUUGUUCAUAUCUUAAGGCUUUUGGAUUUUGCAAAGACAAAAGGAUCUGUCCUGACAGACACCAUAUUAAUCCAGAAAUAGAUAAGCCAAGGAAAUUAUCCAACCAAGCUCUACCAAUGUUUGGAUACAUUAAAAUAAUACCUUUUUAUAUUUCAAAUGCAACAAAUUACUUCGGUCGUAUAAUUGAUAAACAUGUGGAUCUUUAUGCAAUUCUCAAUGCUGAAAUGAAUGAGUAUUUUAAAGAUUCCAGUAAUAAAACGACUGUCAAAAAGGUGGAAAAUUUUGGAUUGUAUGGACUAGAAGAAAAAACACUUUUUUACAGGGUCCAGGUGUUGGAGAUGAGCCAAAAAGAAGACACUUGGGUCCUGGAUAAUAUCCUUAUAAAAUUCAUAGAUGAAGGCAGGACUGGACUUACCACAAGAAACCAGCUGUUGCAUCUCCCAGAAAAUUUCCAUACUCUUCCUCCUCAGGCCGUAGAGUUUAUUGUAUGUAGAGUGAAACCUACUGAUGGUGAAAUUGAGUGGAAUCCAAAGGUUACCAGGUACAUUCAUCAUAAAAUUAUUGGAAAAUUGCAUGAUGCAAAAGUGGUACUGGCUUUGGGAAACACAGUUUGGAUUGAUCCGAUGGUACAUGUUACAAAACUUUCAAAUUUGAAAACUUCUGUCAUUGAUUAUAAUGUUCGAGCUGAAAUUUUGUCUAUGGGAAUGGGCAUUGACAAUUCGGAACACAUAGAACAACUGAAAAAAUUAUACAAAGGAGCUAAAAUGCCAACUUUUGAAGCACACAUAAGCCAACCUCAGACACCUCCAUUAGUAGAAAAUGCUGCUUGUCUGCAGGACACACAGCAAGAGGACAGGAAUGCAGAAAAAGGAGCUGGCUCUGAGUUGAACUCGGAGAAUCUAAAGCCCGACACUUUAUCUGAAGACACAGGAGCUGCUUCUGUUAGCAAAAGCGCACAGCCACACCUGAAAAGCUUUCACCCACAAGUAAAGUGGUUCCAAAAAGAAGAUGUCGUCAUCUUGAAAAUAAGAAUAAGGAAUGUAAAAGAUUACAAAUGUAAAUACUUCAGAGAUAGAGUCAUUUUCAGUGCCUGGGUGGGAGACAAAUUUUACUUGGCUGAUAUGGAGCUACAGGCCAACAUAAGAAAAGAUGAAUGCAAGUGUGUAAUUAAAAAUGAGGAGCCUGUAAUCACACUUGCAAAAGAGAAAAGGGAAUCCUGGUGUAACUUACUCAAACAGAGGAAUCCUAAUGUGGCAUUUGACUUUGAUCACUGGGAAGAAUGUGAGGAAGACGGCCCUUUCUCCAAGAUCAUAAAUUCUAAAAACCUGUCCUGCAAAGUGGCAGAGGUGGUUGAAAACAGUGACAUCACUUCGGAGGAUGACGGAAGUGAGAGUGAAUGA